UUAACGUGUUGAACAUCUCCGGACCUGCGACUCCACAACUCUCCCGCCGCGCGACCCUCCGUCUCGUGCCCCGCUAGGACCAUGGAGAGCUCAGGGAUCCUCCGCGGGCUGCUGUGCGUCGGCCUGCUGUCCGUCAUGUGUUACGGCCAGGCGUCUAAGGAGGCUUCCGUGGAAGACUUCGGAGGUGACAAGUCCGAUGUAACAGCGGAGAGAGAGCUUAUAGACGCGAUCGAGACUCUUCUGGGAAGGAUGCACUACCGCGUUUCCUCGACAGAAAAGCGAGGCAGCAUCCCGCUGUGUGGGAUGGGUGAUAGAUGUGCGAUGAAAUUCGGGCCCCGCAUUGGGAAGUUGUGUGACUGUGGCAGGGGGAGCAACUGCAACUCAUACCUUCUCAAGUGUAUCUAGAACCAGUUGUCCUCCUCACAGAAUCACGGCCAGUAACGGCUCUGCAGCAGUGCAAACAGCCCCCAUCCAUCACCAUCUAUCAAGGGGUGGCUAUGUAGCAACCACAAGCCAGACAGAUAGUUCACUGUUAGUCCCAUGUCAUCAUAAUCAAUUAUCAUAAAGGGUUGUUGUUGUUGUUGUUGUUGUCGUUAUUUUUCUGAAGAAGAGCAUGGAUUUUGUAUUGCUGACUGUAAUGAGUAUGUAGCAUGUCCAAUGUUGAAUAAAUAUAUUAUUCGC